CGAAUAAAACACGCGCAAAAUUAAUCAGAACCCAAAGUCAAUAUUUAAAGUUAGGAUUUUAAAUAAAUCAAUUACUUUGUCCAUCCAGCUACUGCUUAUAUUUAUAAAACGAAUGCUCCCUCAAGUGGCCAAUUUCGCUAACCGAACAGCAGCGGCGUAGACGUCUGUGCGUCCUUGAUAAACCUCCGUUCAGCAUUACAUCAUGACCGUCUUGGAAUAACGUUUUCUGCUGACAAAUCGUAAGAAUUUAGCUUCGAGUCUGCCGUCGUCCUACAACCGAUAAAUUACGAUUUAAAAUGAUUUUGCGGAUCUGGUGAAUGCUGAGAUCAUGAUGAGGUCGCAUGUUUUUGAUGCAUCAUCUCUGAAUGCGGUUGUGUGUACAUUUAUGGCGUAAAGGGAGGGGUCCUGUGGGAUGGAGCAGAGUUUCAUGCAGUCCGCUAUGGCUAUGGGUGCACAGUCCAAGAAAGGCUUGUCCAGGAGCGUCGCCGUGGAAAGAAAAAACCUAAUCACGGUUUGCAGGUUUUCUGUGAAGACACUGCUGGAGAAAUACACAGCAGAACCCAUCGAUGACUCGUCUGAAGAGUUCAUUAACUUUGCUGCCAUUCUGGAGCACAUCCUCAGUCAUCGCUUUAAAGGUUCUGGCAGCUGGUUUGAUGGCCAGCGCAGUUUCUGGGACUUUAUUCGUCCUGCCUGCAGUAAAGUGCCCAACAACUGCAUAAGCAGCAUUGAGAACAUGGAGAACAUCAACUCUUCACGGGCAAAAGGCAGAGCAUGGGUACGGGUUGCACUUAUGGAGAAACGUCUAUCUGAAUACAUUGCCACAGCUUUACGAGACAGCCGCACCACCAGGAGGUUCUAUGAUGAAGGUGCCAUCAUGCUGCGAGAGGAGGCCACUGUAUUGACUGGGAUGCUCAUUGGACUGGGAGCCAUUGACUUCAGUUUUUGUUUGAAAGGGGAAGCCCUGGAUGGGAAGUCUGAAGCUGUUAUUGACUACACUCCUUAUCUGAAAUUCACACAAAGUUAUGAUUAUCUCAGUGAUGAUGAGGAUUGUCAGAGUGUGGACAGCAGUAACAGUGACGACAGCAUUGAGCAUCCGUACAUCCCUCUGGUCACCGAUGAGGAGAGCUGGAGAAACAAGUGCCGCAGGAUGGAGCAGAGGUUCAAGAUCGUGAAUGCACAAAAGGGGUAUCUUGAGGAGUUGGUGAGGCUGCGGGAGUCUCAGCUCAAGAACAUGGAGACAGAGAAUAAAAGAUUAACAGCCGGACUAGAUGAACUUCAGCUACAGAGCCAGAAAGAGAAGAGAGAGCUGGAGAACAUUGUGCUGGAACUGCAGGAACAACUGACAAGUUUGAUUCCAGGUGAACCACAUCCACUAUCUAAGGAUUUGUCGAUCCCUCUUGUAAACCAAUGGCCAUCACUCCAAAACUACAACAACCAGGAGGACAGGAAACUCUACCAAGGGGGCAGUUUUCCCAGUCCAGAGCCACAUAUCAGUCUCACUUCAGAUUCUCAGAUUGAGGGGGUAGAAGGUAAACGGAAUGGACAAGCCUGGUGUAUGGCAGAAAAAGACUACACACCCUCCAUGUUAGGUCUGUGCGGUUCACUGGCAUCUUUACCCAGCUGCAAGUCUCUGCCCAGCCUGAGGUCUACAGAGUGCCUGGUGAACAUCAGCUCUGAGCCCAGUCCUUCUCUAACCCCCAGCUAGGGGUGACCCUAUGAGACCAAUAUCACAAGCAGAGAGCUUGUAGGCCAAGACAUUCAGAGAUAACUUUAGCCUGUGCACCAUCUUAAUAUUUUAUUGUAGCAUCUUGUACCGCUCUGUUCCUAGAUACAGGAAAACGUUGUGUCUAAACAUUGAUGCUUUCCCACAGGUCACUCUUAACUAUGAAUUAUCCCCUCUCUUUCUAAAUAAACAUUACAGCAUCGUCACGGUUUUUAAAUCUAUCUUUGAAUGUCUGUGCUGUUCUGUCUGCGAUGAUUCUACCAGUGAAGGCACUGUAGACUAUGCACUGACUGACCUGAGGUCUGCUUAAGUUAACAUUAUGACUGUAUGUUCAUGUCUCAAAGCCCAACAAAGCUUCAUUUGUUAUGUUACCCUUUAAAAUCUCCUAUGGGAAUGCACAUUUAUACAGAAUCAUGAAGACAUUAACACAGUAAAACAAUUGACUGACAGAAUUUUCAUUUUUGGGUGGUGUAUCCCUUAAAAAUGCCUAUUCUCUGCCAAAAACAUACAAGAACCGGUAACAGUAACAUGUUAUGACCUUAACAGUUUACUGUACAGUUACAGUUGUCAUUAAACAAAUAGAAAAGCUGCUUUAUUUCUCAUUUUUUUACUUAUCCUAAGGAAUGGGAUUAAUCUGGACAUGAUGGCAGUAUACUAUUGCUAAAAUGAAGACAUUGGCUAGUGUUGACAGCUCCACACUAUAUAAUCUUUAUGACACUGUUUAAAAGGUUAUAAUCUAAUGGGUCAGAAUAUAUAACUUCUUCCAUAAGGUUGUUGUUGAUCACUGCUAUAAUGGUCAUGUCAGCAGCUGAAACGCCACUGAGUUUUAUUGUAUCUUUAUUACAUAAACACAUAUCCAUUGUCAAUAAUUGAAUGGGCUUUUGUUUGGGAAUGUGUGUGUGUUGUGUUAGAUUUUAAUUAGGAUUUAGAUUUAACUUGUAGCACAUUAUUUCAUUUAAAAGCUACUGGAAUAUAUGUUGUUUGUGACCUAAAAUCGCAAUAAAACUGCCCUUUUGUCCUA